UUGUCCAAAUAUCUUUUUAUGACUAGAUCGUCUUUAACCAAUGAUUAGGAUAGCAAACAUUUUAAAGCUUGUUUUAAAGUCUAUGUUUGCGUCAAUGAUUCUCUUAACUUCAAAUAAAAACGCCUGAUCGUAUCAUUCCAGUGAACGAACGAAAAUGGAGCAGAGACUAAGCAACUUUCGAAGUCUCUUCAAAUCAUCUCCAGCUCCCCAAAGCGACCCCUGCGAGCCCGAAAUCGGCUUCAAACUCACUUUUUCGAAAACGUCCAAACAGCUAAAAGUCAAAGUGUUGAGUGCGAGACACCUUCCUGCGAAUUACGGCACGAUUAAACCCCGCGGAUACUCAGUCAAGAUCACUGUUUUCCCGGAAAAAGAAAAAUAUGAAACGUCAGUUGUGAAGGAAUCGUGGCCAACUUUCAACGAGGAGUUUCCCUUUACGCUGCAUUCGACGUCCAAGUACUACCAGGAUUACUUCAAAGGGAAGUUUAUUUCGUUCACGGUGUAUGCGGUUUUGGAGAAUGCCACCGAGACGAUGGCCAAAAAGAAUCCCACCAGCAAGUUGAGAAGGUUUUUUUCUUUUAGCGAGUUUGGGGAGACUCCCAAUAGGUUCAGAAGGAGCUUCAGGCAUUCGCUGAAUAGUCGUAGGACUGUAGGGGCUGUUACUUAUAAUCUAGAUGCGAAAAUUUUUAAUCACAAGUUGGGAGAUGACCUCAUUUGCACUCCGGAUAUUUGGAGAGGGAUCAAAGAGAUUACUAGUGGGAUUCAAACAGAACCGCGCGAGGGCAAGAACGGCAGCGUGGAAAUGACCCUCUCUUACGCCAUCAGCGAAGACCGAAAAAACGACGUGGUGGAAAUUAGUAUUACGAAAUUCCGGUGCAGCUUACAAACCAUGCAACAGCACGAGAAGCUCGGAGGCCAGCUUUACAUCAAGAUCACCGCUUCUGAACAAGACGACCUCAUCCAAAAAAUGAAAAGUGACAAAUUCGAGCCGACUAUCUCCCUCAAACUUGAAGCCAACACGGCCACACUGCGGGCCACAGUCAACAACGACAACUUGGAGCAAGUCAGGAUUCUUGUGAGGCUCAUUUGUAAGAAUAUUUUAGGCAAAAAAAUUGUCCUGGGGAAGAUCGAAAUCGACAGCAACAGCGAUUUGUGGAAGGAGAUUGUGAGGACCCCGUCCGUGCCCAUAACCAGAAUGAUAAACUUGGAGUGAUUUCGUACUUAGGGAAAGCGAAUUGAAAAGACUGUAUGAGGUGCCAAUGUCGAAGAAUUAUUUAUUGUAAUUUAUACUCAAUAAAAAUUUUGAAUUAUG